CGUAAUAGUAAAAUGUUAAUUAUAUCUUCCCACUGAAAAAAGAAAAAAGAAAACGAAUCAGUUUUAUUCCACUUGCACAAAUCUUCUUCACACACAUUUUUUUUUCUUCACUCGGACUGAUAUGAGUAGCCAAAUCGCUUUGUCACCGGCCAUCGCCGCCGCCAUUCGCCGUCCGUCCUCUCACGACUGUCUAUCCGCUUCCGCCACUACUGCUACCGCCACCCCCAUGGCUCUCAAAUCUUGCAUCGUCGCACCUCUCUCGCUAUUCACCUCUCAAUCUCAAAUCAAACACUCAAGCUCAAGAAAAACUUCUCGAACCACGAUUCGAUGCGAUGUAGCGAUAAAAUCCGCAGAUUCGAUAAACGCAGACGCCAAUCCUUCGUCCUCACCGUCAUCAGAGGAAGAAAUCGAAGCGGAAGCGAAGGCGAAGAUAGGAUCUAGGGUUAGAGUAACUGCACCGUUGAAGGUUUAUCAUGUAAAUCGAGUUCCAGAGGUUGAUUUAGAAGGUAUGGAAGGUAAACUCAAAGAUUACGUUGCUGUUUGGAAAGGGAAACGAAUCUCAGCUAAUCUUCCUUAUAAGAUUGAGUUCUUCAAAGAAAUUGAAGGUCGUGGUCUUGUUAAAUUUGUUUCACAUCUUAAGGAAGAUGAGUUCGAGUUCAUUGAUCAGUGAUGAAACAAGAAAGACAAUUUUUGUUUUCCUUUCUCAGUGUUUGUUUUUGUUUGUUGUGUUUACUGGAACCUGGGAAUGGAGAAUGAUUUGUAUGUAGUGUGAUGUGUAUUCAACCUUUAGCAAUCAUAUACAUAAGGGUUUCUUCACUCUCUAUUUAUGUUGAUUUGAUUCAUUGGCUUGAUCUUGUUAUUGGUUUCUUAGUGUUCGAUAGAUUGGAAGAAACGAAAAGUUGGAUCUAGAUGUGGUUUCUUGAUGAUUAAUAAGGGCAAUUUUAGGCUGCGGUUGUUUCAAAUGAUUCCAUUAGCAAGAUCAAGAUCCAAUUUGGGAUAACACCU